AUGGACAAUCGUGCCAGAUUUGAACUUCCAUACCGCCCGAAGACCGAAGCCAAGGCGUCUGUGAAUGAGAUCAAGCAAGCUUCGGAAGGCACUUCCAAUAGUAGAGAAGCACCCAGUGCACAACAAACUCGGUAUUACGGUGGGAGGGCCAGGAAAGCCCCUUCAAAGAACAAUCCGGGAUAUAUGAAAAAGCCAAGAAACAACCCACACGUCACUUCGAACCCGGGAAAAUCGCCAGAGAAGAUAAAAGCCCCUCCAGCCGAAUGGCUAGAUCUUCCUGCGCCGCUACAUAAUAAAGUCCUCGAGAACCUGAAACAAUUAUGUCAUGAUCCAGACACUCUCGUCCGAUCGGGGUAUAAAGUGCGCGAAAUGACACAGGAGGACCUGGAUGGGUAUGCAAAGUGCGUGAAUUGCGGAUUCCGCAAACGAGUCCUGGACACCAAGUCAAAUAAAAGAUGUGUCUUUCACCCUAUGAAGAAGAUCGUCCAGAACAAGCAAUACCAGUUUCCCUGCUGUGGGAAACGACAACCCUGUUCUUCACUUCCCGCCCACGAAUAUGGCCCAAUCCCACAAUUUCAGUUGGAAAACUGGAAGGAGUAUAAACUCACGCCGAAACAGACAAUAGGAGCUGGUGUCCCUCGCAAGGCAGUGGCGCUUGAUUGUGAGAUGAUCGAGGUGGAAGGUGGCUGCGCAGAGGUAGCGCAACUUUGCGCUGUCGAUAUUCUUACUGGUGAAGUCAUUGUCGAGAUCUACGUUCUCCCGACGAAACCAGUAACUGACUGGAGGACCCCUUGGAGCGGGUUGAGUCCCCGGCUGAUGGAAACCAUGCGAGAAGCUGGGAAGACUGUGAAUGGUUGGGAAAGUGCCCGGGACGAACUCUGGCAGCAGAUCGAUGCGGAUACUAUUCUGGUUGGUCAUUCGCUCCAACACGAUCUCGAUAUUAUGCGCAUGGUGCAUCUGAAUGUCAUCGACACAGCUGUUUUCUCCAAGGAGGCCGUGGCUGCCGACUGCAAGCAGACGUGGGGUCUCAAGCGACUGUGUAAACAGAUGUUUGACAGGGACAUCCAGCAGUCGCGGAGCGGGCACGAUUGUGUCGAAGAUGUCAUAGCUACGAGAGAAGUGCUGCUAUGGUGUGUUUGGCACCCAGACCAAUUCCAAGACUGGGCCGAGUCGCAACGAGUGGAGAUGAAAGAGUCCAAUGCGAGUUCCAAAUGGAAACAGAACGAAUCGGCAAAGAAUCACCAACAGCCAUCGAAGGGUCCGAAUCAGAACUAG